GUCUGAGGGAAGUGACAGCCUUGGCGUGAGCGGGUUAGCAUCAGGUUCGUCAAGGGAGGAACUCCGGGCACUGCCUGGAAUUAAGGAAUGUAGGGGCCUUGCUCAAAGGAGAUAGUCUAAGGUCAGCAGAGAGAAGAGUCCCAGGCCCUAGCAGAAGCUAAAGCAAGAAAACUGAGUGAGGACUGAGAACACUAAUUACUCCAGGAUAGAGAGAGUCCCAGAGAACUCUGCCUGUGCUUUCAUCCCUCUGUGUCUCCAAGCAGGUCACAGAGAUCACCUGCCUACCUGCCCACUGCCCCUGUCUAAAGCCAUCAUGCCCCGGGGUCUGAAGAGUAAGCUCCGUGCCCGUGAGAAACGCCAUCAAGCCCAACAAGCAACCGAGCAUCCAAUGGGUGCUCAGGCCGCUGCAGGAAUGGGAAGAGGGCUUCCUUCCUCUUCCUCUACUCCUUUCGAGAGUACUCCCCAGAGCUCAACUGCUUCUGGGACCACCAGAAAUCCCCAGGGGCCUCAGAGAGCCACCUCUACUGGUGCACCUGUUUCAUAUAUAAGAUCCAAUGAAACCGUCAACAACCAAAUAAGGGAAAGGCCAAGAUCCUUGGGGGCUCAGCCUGCCACUGAUUAUGAGCAGACAAACCGUAUAGAUAAGACGGUAUUUACAUUGGUGUGUUACCUGCUGUACAAGUAUCAAUUGAAAGAGCAAAUUACGAAGGUAGAUAUGCUGAAAAAUAUAAUCCAAAUGCACAAGAGCCACUUCCAUGAGGUCCUGAAGAAAGCUGCAGAGUACCUGGAGAUGGUGUUUGGCCUUGACAUAAAGGAAGUAGAUCCCAAUAGGCACAUUUAUGUCCUCAUCAACAAACUAGAUCUAAGCUAUGAUGCAAUGAUGAGUGAUGACAGAGGUAUACCCAAGACUGGCCUGCUGAUGACUGUCCUGGGUGUGAUCUUCACGAAAGGCAAUUGUGCCACUGAGGGAGAAGUUUGGCAAAUAUUAAAUGUGAUGGGGUUAUAUGAGGGGAGGAUGCAUAUUAUUUUUGGAGAUCUCAGGAAGCUCCUCACCAAAGAUUUGGUGGAACAAAAGUACCUGGAGUAUCGGCAGGUGGCUAACAGUGAUCCUCCAUGUUAUGAAUUCCUGUGGGGUCCACGAGCCUAUGCUGAAACCAGCAAGAUGAAAGUCCUUGAGUUUUUAGCCAAGGUCCAUGAUACCAUCCCUAGUGCCUUCCCAACCUGGUAUGAAGAGGCUUUGAGAGAUGAGGAAGAGAGAGCACAAGCCAGAGUUGCAGCCAGGGCUCGCAUUAGUGCUAUGGCCAGUGCACGUUCCAGGGCCACGUCCCACAGCUUUUCCCACCCCUAGUAGAAUCUGAUGCAUUCUUCACUUUAUAGUUGAAAAGAAAAUUCCAUAUUUUAAGUAGUGGAAGGUCAGGGUGGGGCUGGAGACAACACAAUGUAUAACAUGUUUAUUUUCCUGUUCUGUAUUCUGAAUAAUUUUUUAGAAGUAUUGUUCCUUUUAUUAGAAAAUUGAAGUACCUUCAGAAUAUAAAGUUAUGAAUGACAUUACUCAAAUAUUUAUUGCUGUGAAUCAAAUUUAAGAGUAAGAGUUUUAUUAUUUUGGAAAACAAAUUAGGAAAUGUUCCACCACACUUAGUUAUU